UCAAUUUUAAAUUAUUCAGACGGAAGAGACUAUUACUUCACUGAGAGCUGGCAAUCAAAGCAUAUAAAAUCCCAAAUAAAACUGCAUUACCCGUCUCUCCAACAAGAAAACCCUCACUUGCAUAUUUUUCCCGCCAUAAAAGUUGUUACUAACAGAAUCCACCACUUUCUUCAUCUUCCCAAAUUCUUCAACCUCAAACCCCAAAAAACCCAGAAAAGCUUCAAAUCAAUUUCAAUGGCGAGAGCAAGAAUCUUGAAUUCAAAGUUAAACCCAUCACCAUUUCUUCACUUAAUUUCCCUCACCCCAUUUUCAUCAACCAAAAAAACCCAGAAAUUCAAGAAACUCCUCCUACCAUCAACCUCACUCUCUCUCAUCGUCAUCUCUCUCCUCGCCUUCUUCGCUUUCUCUGUCAUCCUACUUCUCAGCACCACCAUUAACAUUCCUCAGACCUCCAACCUCUGUUCCGUUUGCUCCCCUGUUACCCCCCUUUCGUCGUCUUCGGCAUCAUCACGCGUCCUUCUUGCUUCUCUCUUUUCGGACAACAGUGAUGGGACAAAGAAGCCAAAUUUGUCUGUAAGUGAGAUGGUCCCUCUUCCUGCUCACGGGAUUAUGGCGAAUUUGAGUGUUGAAGAGAAUCAGUUCUGGAAACAGCCUGAUAAUGAAGGGUAUAAACCUUGCUUGGAUUUCGGGCUCGGGUAUCGGCGUGAGUCCCCAGGAAUUGUUACUGAGAAGAGGAGGUUUCUGUUGGUGGUUGCCUCUGGUGGUCUGAAUCAACAGAAGAAUCAGAUUGUUGAUGCUGUUGUUAUUGCUCGAAUUCUUAAAGCUGCUCUUGUUGUCCCUAUUUUGAAGGUGAAUUUCAUCUGGGGCGACGAAAGUGAAUUUUCAGACAUAUUUGAUGUAGAACACUUCAAGAUGACCUUACAAGCUGAUGUGCGUAUUGUAACCACACUACCCUUCAGACAUUUGGUGUCAAGGCAGUCAGUUGAGACACAAAUACCAUUUGAUGUAUCCCCACUUUGGAUUCAUACUCGCUUUUCUAAACAGAUAAAUGAAGAGGGUAUACUAGUUCUAAAAGGGUUAGAUUCAAAACUUUCCAAGAAUCUGCCAUCGGAUCUCCAAAAGUUGAGGUGCAAGGUCGCUUUCCAUGGCUUGCGAUUUGCAGGUCCAAUUAGGGAGCUUGGAAAUAGAUUAGCUAGACGAAUGUGGAUUGAAGGUCCAUAUAUCGCCAUCCAUCUCCGGCUAGAGAAGGAUGUUUGGGUUAGAACUGGCUGCCAAACUGGACUUGGGGCUCAUUAUGAUGCAGACAUCAGUAAAGAGAGGAGCAGUAAGCCUGAGUACCUCACUGGAAGGCUUAACAUGACCUAUCCUCAACGCCGCCUUGCUGGCCUCUGCCCCCUAAAUGCCUUUGAAGUUGCCAGACUUCUGAAGGGGUUAGGGGCACCAAGAGAUGCAAGAGUGUAUGUAGCUGGAGGUAAGCCAUAUGGUGGUUCAGAGGCUCUAAAACCACUUGUUCAAGAGUUUCCAAAUAUGGUAACUAAAGAAAUUUUAGCUAGGGAAGGGGAGUUGUUACCAUUUGCCAACAGAUCAUCAGCUUUAGCAGCCAUAGACUACAUUGUAUCCCUCAGCAGCGAUGUCUUCUUGCCGUCCCACGGGGGUAACAUGGGCCGAACAAUGCAGGGUCACAGGGCGUAUUCAGGCCACCGGAAGUAUAUAAAGCCUAACAAAAGAAUGAUGCUUCCAUUCUUUGACACUGAUGAACCCAUGUCAGAAGCAGAAUUUGGGGCUAUCAUUAGGAAACUGCAUGAGAAGUCUCAAGGGCAGCCAGAGUCUAGGACAGGAAAAAGAGACAGAGAUGUGAUCGCGUAUCCUGUACCUGAAUGUAUGUGUAAACGCAAUUCUGCUUCUUCAUAGCUAGCUUAGAGGAGGAGGACUCAAGCCAUGCAUGCAGUUUGUUCAUAUAUACUUGAACCAAUCUAGCAUAAUCAAUCUUGUAAAUCUCCAAUUUUGAUACUAUAACUUUGUUUACUUCUGUUGUAGAAAAUGUAUAGCAUAAAGCCUGAUGAUGCCCUAUAGUGUAGUAUAGUUUGCUCAUGUAAUUUCCUGUUCGGCUUGUUCAUUUUAGGUUGCACAUAUAUUUUUCCAAAUUAAUGAAAUUCUUCUUUGUACUUUCUGCUAACAAA